UAUUGGUCUGUGCUUAAAUGCUGGUGUUUCCUAACUUUUUCUCUUGUCUUGAAAGCUCAGAGAACCAGAGAAGACCAAAGAAGGCAUGGCCGUCCGCCAGCAGCCCACCCAGGUGGUGACAGUCAUCAGGACCAUUGAAAACUCUGGCCAAUGGAGCACUGACCUCUGUGAUUGCUGCUCUGAUAUGGAGACCUGUUGCUGUGGCCUUUGCUGUUUCCCCUGCAUGCAGUGUGAUGCAGCCAAUAAACAUGGAUGGUGCUGUGCAAUGCCACUCCUGGACGCUUUUGGUGUGGUGUCCUGCUUACUCCGUCAGUCCAUCAGAGAGCGCCACAACAUCUAUGGCUCGUUCACUGAUGACUGCUGUAAAGUGUGCUUUUGUUACCCGUGUGUUUGGUGCCAGAUGCAUCGUGAGCUGAAGAUCAGGCGAUACCAUUAGCCCGCCACCUCUACUGUGAUCACCACGCAAGUUUGGAUAUGAUGCAAACGUUUUGGCUGUGUGAUGAGGGCCUAUGUCACUGCUGAACCAAAUUGAUUUAAAUCUGCUGUCAUAUAAUGUGUUGAACGCCUAUGUGACUUUUUCAGGCCAAUAAAAUCCUUUAAUUUUAU